AUGCGCGCGGCGUCGGCGUCGCGGCCCGCCGCGCGCGGCGCGCGAUGGCCGCUCGCGGCGGCGAAGGGCCCGCACGACGGCCUGACGAAGCGGCAGAAGCGCGAGCUGAACCGACCGUACGUCCCGCGCGAGGACGAGCGCCGGCUGGCGAUCUCUCUUCUCGAGGACGCGUCGUCUUCGUCGUCGUCGUCGUCGUCGUCGUCGUCGUCGUCCUCCUCCUCCUCCUCCGCGCGGCGCCGCGACGUCGCGUUCCUCGUCGCGCGCUCGGACGCCGACGCCGACGCCGACGACGUCGUGUGGUACGCCACCGCGCCCGCGGACGCGCCGGCGUGGGACUCCCCCAUCGCGAGGCUCGUCCUCGGCGCGCGCGAGGCGGGCGGACGCGCGCGCGCCAACGCGUGGUGUCGAAGGCGCAUCGUGUCGACGAGAGCGAUGAGCGCGCUGGACCGCGCGAUCGUCAAGGUGGCGGCGCAGCGCGCGACGUACUUGGACCUCGGCGUCGACGACGGCGGCGCCGCGGCGGGGACGAUGAACGCGUCGUCCGCGUCCGCGUCCGCGGACGACGACGACGACGACGACGCCGGCGCCCUGACGCGACUCGAGCGACGAGACGCCACGCCGUUCGCGCGCGCGGCGACGCGACGAGGCGCGAGCGCGUCUCGCGCGCGCGUCGACGUCGCGACCGCGACCGCGACUGCGACGCGGGUGGACGACGACGCCGCGUGCGUCGCGUGGGCGCGCGAGGCGCUCGACCGCGCGGGGGAGGAGACGACGCGGACGAAUGAUGACGACGAGAAUGAUGACGAGAACGAGAAGGCGCGGUGGCGGCGCGACCGCCGCGUCGUCGCGAUGGUCGUCGACCGCGACGGCGUCCUCGUCGACGCGGCGGUGAACACGAACGCGGAAAACGCGAUGCUGCACGCGGAGUUUAACCUGCUGAUGCCGUGGCUGAUGCGUUUGGACGGGGACGGGGACGGGGACGGGGACGGGGACGGGGACGGGGACGGGGACGGGGACGGGGAAGCGGCCCGGAAAUCGCUGCCGCCGGGCGCGCGUCUCUUCGUCAGCCUGCAGUGCUGCGCGAUGUGCGCGGCGCUCGUGUGCGCGGCGUCGGACGCGCGGGGCGGGGAAGUCCUCACCGACGUCGUGUACGGCGAGGAAGACCCCGGCGCGCUCGCGAGGGACACGGAGCUGCGCCGCCGCGGAUGGGAGAGGAAACGAGACGAGAAUAGGUAG